UCAUUCUGCAGGCUCUUGAGGACUGUCUGCAGGAGCAGGCCCGGCUCAGAGCCCAGGUGCACUUGCUUGAAACCCGCGUCAAACUGCAACAGGUCAAGAUUGGUCACCUUUUGCAUGAGGGGGAAGUCCAGUUCCUAGAUAGAGGAGAGGAGAAUAGUGUCAUUGACCUGGGAGGCAAGAGGGAGUAUGCAGAUUGCUCAGAGAUCUUCAAUGAUGGGUAUAAACGCAGUGGAUUUUACAAAAUAAAACCCCUUCAGAGCCCGGAAGAAUUUUCUGUUUAUUGUGACAUGUCUGAUGGAGGAGGAUGGACUGUAAUUCAGAGACGAUCUGAUGGCAGCGAGAACUUUAACAGAGGUUGGAAUGACUAUGAAAAUGGCUUUGGAAAUUUUGUCCAAAAAGAUGGUGAAUAUUGGCUUGGUAAUAAAAAUCUUCACUUAUUGACCAUACAAGGAGAAUAUACUUUAAAAGUUGACCUUGCCGAUUUUGAAAAAAAUAGCCGUUAUGCACAGUAUAAACAUUUCAAAGUGGGAGAUGAAAAGAAUUUCUAUGAAUUGUAUAUUGGAGAAUAUUCUGGAACAGCUGGAGACUCCCUUGCAGGAAAUUUUCAUCCUGAAGUUCAAUGGUGGGCUAGUCACCAACGAAUGAAAUUCAGCACAUGGGACAAAGAUAAUGACAACUAUAAAGGGAACUGUGCAGAAGAGGAUAAGUCUGGCUGGUGGUUUAACAGGUGUCACUCUGCAAACUUGAAUGGUUUAUACUACAAAGGCCCAUACACUGCUGAUACAGAUAAUGGGGUCGUCUGGUAUACCUGGCAUGGAUGGUGGUAUUCCUUGAAAUCUGUAGUUAUGAAAAUUAGGCCAAAUGAUUUUAUUCCAAAUAUUGUUUAAUUGUUUCUAUUGGACUUUC